GCCCCCCGCCCCCCGCCUUUGGACGGAAUACCCUGCCGACUUCUGGAAUUAGGAAACAAGGAAGAAAAGUCGACGGGGAAGGAUGUGGGUCCCCCGACCGUCUUUUCCCCCGAGUAAUUUUUUUUAUUUAUUUUUUUAUUUUUUCUUUCUUUUUUUGGGUCCUUUUUCUUUUAGGAUCAAAUCUAAGUGAGAGUCAGAGGAGAGAACAGAGAGAGUCACGCGGGAUAACACAAAGUGUAAUUUGCAAUAAUUUAAGAUCAGAAACAAAGAAGAAGAACAACAACAAGAAGAAUAAGAAGAAGAAGAAGAAGGAAGAGGAAGAAGAAGAAGAAGAAGUGGAGGAGGAGAAAUAAACAUAAACAGCUGUGGGAUUCUUUUAUUUAUUUUUUGACUAGGAAAGAGAAGGAAGAAAGAAAGAAACAUCGGAUCGGAUUGGAAUUGUGAAAAUUUCGGGCUUUAUAUUGGUUGCAUCUGAGAGAGAUAUGUUGGAGGAUCGCUCCUUUCUGGCGUCCAGGGUGUUCUCAAGCUCUUGCCACCAAGAAAAUCAGUGGGCUUGCUUUAAUUUAACAUAUCGACUCGAGGUUGGAAUGGGCAAUGGGAAACGCCCGUCAGAUCAUGAUGGCGAGGAUUUUGUUAAAACCUCUAGUUCUUAUGGUAGAAACGUCAGACCUCGAUCUUCAACGGAUCAUCAUCCAAAUGAUGAGUCUGAUUCAGGGGAUAGUUCUGAUUCCGGCUCUCUAAUCUCUUCCAUUGGUCGGGACAACUCUAUUAAUUGCUUAAUUCGCUGCUCCAGGUCCGAUUAUGGUUCUAUUGCAUCCUUGAAUCGAAGUUUCCGUAAGUUAAUUCGUAACGGGGAGCUUUACAAGCUGAGGCGUUUGAACGACGUGAUUGAACACUGGGUUUACUUCUCUUGCCAUCUUCUGGAAUGGGAGGCUUUUGAUCCAAUUCAACGAAGGUGGAUGCAUUUGCCAAGGAUGGAUUCAAAUGAAUGUUUCAUGUGUUCGGAUAAGGAAUCCUUGGGAGUAGGGACUGAUCUUCUUGUUUUUGGUAAGGAUUUAAAUUCCCAUGUUACUUAUAGAUAUAGUAUUUUGACAAAUUCCUGGUGUCCUGGAGUGAGUAUGAAUGAUCCCAGAUGUUUAUUUGGGUCUGCUAGUAAAGGGGAGAUAGCAAUUUUGGCUGGUGGUUGUGAUUCUAAUGGCAACAUUCUCAACACUGCUGAGCUUUACAAUUCCGAGACUAAAACAUGGGUGACUCUUCCUAAUAUGAUCAAACCAAGGAAGCUUUGUUCUGGGGUGUUCAUGGACAAAAAAUUCUAUGUUAUUGGUGGAGUUGGAGGAAGUGAAGCUAAUGUUCUUACAUGUGGUGAAGAGUACGAUUUAGAAACUCGAAAAUGGACUGAAAUUCCCAAUAUGUCACCUGGCCGUAGCGCUGCAGCUAGGGACCCUGAAAUGCGGGCUGCAGCUGAAGCACCCCCUCUUCUUGCUGUGGUGAAUAAUGAGCUAUAUGCUGCAGAUCAUACUGAUAUGGAGGUGAGGAAAUAUGAUAAGCAAAGAAGGGAAUGGAAUACGAUUGGGAGAUUGCCUGAACGAGCAGUUUCAACAAAUGGUUGGGGGCUUGCGUUUAGAGCUUGUGGAGAUAGGCUUAUUGUUAUUGGUGGACCAAGGGCAAUGGGGGAAGGUUAUAUAGAACUUAAUUCAUGGGUUCCAAGUGAAGGACCUCCAAGAUGGGAUUUGCUUGCAAGGAAACCAUCUGCAAAUUUUGUGUAUAACUGUGCUGUCAUGGGAUGCUGAAACUUAAAAAGGAAAAAAGAAAAAAAAAAAAAGAAAAAAAAAAAAGAAAAGAAAAGAAAAGAAAAAACCAAAGUGUUUGUGCUAUGCUCUCCAUUGAUGGUGGUCUCACACUUCCAACUUCCAAGAUGAAUUGCUGAAGAUGGGUUUGUUUUCUUUCUUCUUCUACACAUGAUUUUAGCUGAUGAGUUAUUUCCCAUACUCUCUUCAGAUAUUUUCAACCAACUGCGCAGGGAGGCGUGGGGAGGAAUUGAUUUUACUCAAGAUUUUAUAGAAAAACUUUCCAUGGAAGCAGAUCUUAAAAAGAAAAAAGAUUAUAUAAAUAUAUCAUUUAUUCUCUCUCAAAGACUCAUUUUUAUUUGCUUCUUCUUCUUCUUCUUCUUCUUCCAUUGAUAUUGCAUCUCCCAAUUUCCCUCACCCCCAAUUCUUGGUUUGAGAUAUUACAAAGAUUGAUUUUCUUGUUAGGACAGCUAUAGUUCUCAACAAUAAUUUGAGUACAAUAGAAAAUUCAUAGCUCACCAAGUACUGUUUUAUGUGCUCUACAUUUAGCUUUUGAUCAUAUAUGUGUCUUCAAGAAAUGAAAUAAGUUAUAGGUGUUUGCUUCUUUGAA